AUGUCAGAACAGAUUGCCAAAGAAAUUCUUGAUGAUUACAAAAAUAUAAAGAUGCUUAUAGCUUAUUGCUACAAGAAAAUUGAUGAUGAAGAAAGUGCUUUUAAACUCUAUAAAGAAAUUGCAAAUAAAAAUAUAUUUUCACAAUCAGAUGUAUGUUCCAGUGAAGUUUUCACUGGAACUGAUAUUACUGAACCAGAAUUUGCAAAUAAAGUUUAUAAUACAAAAGAUCUUAAUUUACUUGUUCUUUGCUCUGAUGGUGAGAUUUAA